AUGGAGGGCGUUCAGACCGUGGACGUGAGCUGGCUUCAUCAUUCACAGAAAGACCAUUUAUCUCGCACGAAGUCUGUGAAUUCGGCGACUACGACUAGUGAAAGGCCGGGACCCGGAGCUGGCACAGAGCAGCCAGCAUCCUCCCCUCCCAAGUCGCACCGGAGAAAUCGAUCCAACAGUAGCCCGGCGCAACCGGCACACCCUCUCCCUUCCUCGGAGCCGAAGAAAGCCCCUCAGAGCGAUAUAACGCAAGUAGAAUCGAAGCCACAACCAGCGGAGAAGAAUGAGGAGCAAAAGGCAUCCACGCCAUCUCCGGCUUCGCGAAAAAGCGACCCGAAGCCCAUUGGACGACGAAACUCCUGGAUAUCCAAUUUGAGCUCGAAAUUCUCGUCUGGGUCUACGCCGCCGUCGCAAUCUAGUCUAAAAUCUAGUCCUGCAAGUCCGAAAACGACUUCACCCCUCGACACACACAAUCCGUUCGGCGCUGCCUACUCCCCGAAGGACAAGGAAGAGGAGAAAAAAGACGACUCCAACCCGUUUAAUUCGACAUCACCUAAAGGCGCGUCGUUUAUUCACAAUGCUCUGCGCAAGUUUUCGUCCAAUUCUGGUGGUUUGCCCAAGUUGAAUCCCAAUGAUUCCAUCUGCCCGCGUCGUGUGAUGAACAUCGACCAGAAUCGACACCGAUGCAAAGUCCCAGACCUAAACCAGGCUAAACUAAACCGUGUGGCUUUCUGUGUGGACGUGGAAAUUGCGGGAAUAUCACACCGCGAUGACGACGAGGAAGCUCCUCCGACCAACCAACUACGGCAGCCUCUCCCCGAGUCUAAUACCCACAAGUCUAAGAAGGCAGAUCUCAAGUCGAAGGGGAAAGAGGAAGCAGCCGCCUUGAAACAUCCAGAAACUGCCUUGGCUGAAAAGGAUGCUUCUCCACCGGCUCCUGCUCAGGCUACACGCGAUGCGGCUACCCAGUCUUCUUCUCCCCCCAAAGACACCACAGCACCCAAACCAUCUACCGAAUCUGCUCCAAAUGGCGAAGGGACUGAUCCAACAAGGAAGCAAGAGAAAAAGAAACGGUCGGAGGCAGAGCGGAAAGAACGGAAGGAAAGAAAGCGGCGGCAAGCGGUGGCAAACGGCUCGGUACCAUUGCAACUGGAUGCCGAGCAUGACGAGGAGGAACCUCAAGCAUCACCGCCAGGCGUCUCUCGAUCCAAAACGCAAAGCCACCCGACAACCGAUCCUGUGCGCAUCUAUCGUCGAUGCUGUCAGCUGCGCGAAACGCCCGUUCUCAAGAGAGUGGUUGACGAGAUUUCCAAACCUUCAUCAACAUUGGCUGAAUCUCCCGGUACAGUGGCGGCUCUGGAUCUCAGCAACUUCCCGAUGACAUCGCAGGACCUAACAACUUUCAGUGAUUGGCUUGCUGUUGUCCCAGUCCGCAAGUUGAUUCUUGAAAAUUGCGCACUAACGGAUGCGUCCGUGCGUGCCAUUCUUGCAGGUCUGCUUUCUACCAAGACAGUGGAACAGAUGCGCUACCGACGGAGACGAUCUCGAAGACCCGAGUCCCCGGGUGUUAAGGAUCAUGAAAGAUAUGGUGUUGUGGAAAAGCUUUCUUUGAAGAACAAUCCUAAGAUUGGACGAGAAGGAUGGCGUCACAUUAGUCUCUUCAUUCACUUGUCUAAAUCUUUGAAAGCCAUCGAUUUGUCUGGCAUUCCUUUCCCUCGUGGUCAGAUUGCGAUCGGUGGCUCUGGCGCACCAGGUCAAACCCAGCCACAGACAGUUGAUGUGAGCACUGUCUUCGCUAGUGCCCUGGCAGAGCGCUUUGGUGGUGAUCACCUUGAAGAAUUGCUUAUGAGUGAGUGCUAUCCUUCGGUUGAUGCCGUCCAACAAAUCUGCCAGGCAAGCACCAAGAUGGGCUUGCGAAGGCUCGGCUUCGCCAACAACGGUCUGACGAGAGAGGGAUUGGAACAUGUGGUUGAGUAUCUCAAGAUCGGUCAGUGUGAAGGCCUGGACCUAGGUGGCAACGCCAUCAAGGAUGAUCUUGAUCUUGUCACGAAUGCGAUUGAGCCUGAGCAGCCACUCUUGGCUUUGAGUCUAGCCGAUUGUUCCUUGAACCCGUCAGUGAUCUAUCCACUGCUCCAAGCCCUUGCCCAGAUCCACAACCUCCGCUUCAUCGAUUUCUCUCACAAUCGCGAGUUAUUCUCAGCUCAGCCCAGUGCUCUUGGGGCAUUCCGUCGCUUCUUGCCAAAGAUGCCGUCUUUGAAGCGCUUCCAUUUGGCUGAUGUCGAUCUCACCCCAGAUCAUGUCAUUGGUCUUGCCGAGGUGCUUCCAGAGUGCCCCAGUCUUUGUCAUUUGAAUAUUCUGGAAAACCAACAAAUCGAGGACCUGGCCUCUACCACCGAUGCUGUUGCCCAGGAAGAGGCAUGUGCUGUAUAUGCGUCUAUGAUGGCCGCUGUGCGUGUUUCACGAACCAUCAUUGCAGUCGAUAUCGAUGUACCCAGCGCCGAAAACAACGAAGUUGUCAAAGCCCUGGCAUCGCAGAUCGUGGCCUACUCGCUACGAAAUCUCGAAGGGGGUGCCAUUGCGGAAGAGCUUUCCGACUCUUUCGAUCACCUUGGAGCUAAGGAUGUUCCUGUGCCUGAAAUCCUGCAACACAUUGUCGGGUAUAGUUUCCCCUCCGAAGAGCCGUGUGACGAGGAUGACGAGGUGGCUCCAGACGAGGACUAUGUUAUUGGCGGUACAGGUGUGGUCAAGGCAUUGGGCGUUUGCCUCGGAAAUCUGGACCAGCAGGGUCUCGAGGCUCUUGGGGAUCACUCUGCACCGGCAAGUGGCACUACAACUCCCAGGCGCCGCAAGUCUCGCAGUGUUGUUAGCAAACGGCCCCGUGACAUGUCGAAGAAUCUGCUUGAAUCGGCCCGGAAUAUCAGAACUCGGAUUCAGUCAGCUCUCAUUCGUGAGGAUCGUGCUGGCAAUGAUGCGAAUUACCGCCGCUUGCAAUUCUUGGAUGUCACCUUGCACAGGAUGAUCCAGCGCUUCGAGGACGAGUACCCAGAAACUCGCAUCAGUCCCCAAACCGCACCCGCUGUCCCAGCCCCCGAUACUAGUUCCCAACACUCUAAUGAAGACGGCACUGGUUCCAUGGCUACUGGUGGCAACUUGAACAACAGCCAACUUGACGAGACUGGAGCCGACGAGGAAGAUGGCGACCACUAUGCCGUCCGCCUGUCCCGCGCCAGCUCCAUGACUUCGCUCCACUCUCGUGCCAUGACCUCCCAGGAAGGUCAAAUUCAUCGUAUCGGCCAGAACCUCCGCCGCGACUUUCUCAAACCAUCCCUCGCCCCCGGCUCUGGCGACGAAGACAAAGAUAACGACGAUUCCCACAUCGUCGCUCUCCGCCAGAAGCUCGAUCGUCUCCACGACGAGCAGUCUUUGUCCAAUUUCGACAACUUCGAAAACGACAGGGCCUUCGAGGAACUCGGCACCACCGUUGACGAACUUUGGGCCGUCCAGCGACAAGAUGCCGAAGGAUUCGAGCGCUUCAAGCAGUCCCAGAUCGCUGCCCAGAUCAACAGUGGUCUUCGGCUUCGAAACAACCCAGAACAUAAGAAGGACUCUGAUGAAUCAGAGGCCAAGUCCCCUUAA